AUGCAACCUUGGGGCCAGAUUCGAAAGAACGAGCAACAAUCGGGUAGCUCCUCCAUGGCAGGCAUGGCAGCACAACUCCCGUUAUCAGUCUCGGAGCAUGCUCGACAAGGCUCCUUCCAAACCUCCAGAAAGCUGCCGAAUCGUAGCAAUGCAAAUGGGCUAUCCGAGGAAACCAACAUCUACACCGAGACGCGGAUGUUGCAGGACCAGACAGGGCGCCUUCUCUACAUUGGAGAUGCGUCGACGCUGUCGAUUCUGCAGCUGAUCCGCAUCAUCGUCGAGAAUACGGCCGGGUCAGACAUGGGCUCACCUUUUAUCGAUGAUCCUAAGAGGCAUCGCAUAUUGGAGAGCGUCAUAGACAUACCCGCAAACGUUCAUAUCCCUAGUCCGCUGCCAGACAGGGAGACCGCCGACGUCCUCAUAGCGUCUUACUUCACCAAUACAUGCGGUCUGAGCGAGAUCCUGGACAGGCCUUCGUUUCUCCGCUCAGUGGAAGAAUGCUACAACGACCCACCCUCGGCCAACAACUACUUCCUGUGUAACUUGUUUCUGGUUCUAGCAAUUGGCCUCCUGCUGGCAGCUCCCGCCCCGGACAGCCCGGAAGAUGCCGUGAUACAGAAGCAGCUCUCGGCUCGACCAGACAGGGCCGAGAUCUUCUUUCGAAGUGCCCGAUCCAUGUGUGACCCGGGUGCCGGCUUCGAGGACGCCGACUUCUGGUCCAUCCAAGCGCUGGCGUUGAUGACGAUCUACAUGCUGAUAGUCUCCAAGAGGAACACGGCUUAUGCAUACCUAGGGAUGGCUGUCCGCUCCGCCUAUGCUAUGGGCAUACAUAGGGAGGAGACUAUGCGCGACGUCAUCUUCACGCCAGAUGAGAUGAGGGUGAGGAGGAACCUGUGGAAGACUCUGUUCGUUCUGGACCGCUUCUUGGCCGCCACGCUUGGGAGGCCGACGGCCAUAAGUGAGGACGACUGCUCCUGCAAGAUCCUGCGGGAGGGUGAUGCGGUCGACAUUCGGGCUGUUGGCGGGCCGGCCUUCGACCAGGUCCAUGCGAGCAGUCUUGAUGCCUGCGUCGAGACCUGCCAUGUCAUUGGGGUGACGCUGAAGGUCUUCUCCAAGAGGAGGAUCUCGACCGAAAGGGUCCAGGAGAUAGUCGACAUGUCCAGGAACUGGGACCAAGCCUCGAGCACGCAGGCCUAUCGACGACAAUCGGGCGGCGGUCCCACGGCGGCACAUGGGAUGGCAUGCCUUCAUGUCAAUCUCUUUUCGUUGCAUUCGCUGAUACUGCUCACCCGCCAACUCUUCGUCAUGCAUAACUGGAUGCUUGUGGAGGAGCGGUCGGGCGGCAAGAAGGCCCCGCAAAUCCGUGAAUCAGCAAUGGCGCGAUUCUCGGAGGCCUGCGUUGUUGCUUCUUAUCGGACGAUCAAGCUCGCAGUCAGUGCUUAUGAGGACGGUUACCUCCCGCGCAGGAACCCCUUCGUCAUAUACUUCAUCUUCGCCGCAAGCCUCGUGAUCCUCAUGAAUCAGUUCUCCUCGCUCUACCACACAGACGAGUACGAAGAGACCAUGCAUCAUGCCCGCACUAUCAUGGCGUACUGUGCCGAGAUCGAUCCACAGGCACAGCGGGUUCUAGAUAUCAUAACAAGGUUCUCAGAAGUAGUCACUAAGUGGACUAAGGCACACGCAUAUCCCGCGCCUCAGCUGUCGGAUGAUUUCAGCUGCCUGUACAACCAGCCCGCACGCUCUGGGCAGACGUCGGAACACGCGAGUCGGCUUCCUGCCGUCAACACAACCAUCCAGGAGCGGAGAUCGUCCCAGGCUAUCAGCAGGUCGGAUCCAGGGUUGCUGACUCCACCGUCACUGCCAAAGCUGCCACUUCUCGACAUCCUCUCGGCACAAAUUCCCAGCGCAGCGUUAGAAACACGGAUGGGCGGGGUGACGCCGCCACAUACGCAUGCUCACUCGAUUUCUCUUGCCGGCGCCAGGUCGAGCAUCUCGGCUCACUCAUCCAUCGCGAGCUCCGAGCCGCUUAGCGGGAACAUCGAGUUCGAGUUUGACGGCUUAUGGAACAAUUUCAUCACCCAUCUCCCGCCUGUCUCGACGGUAGCCCCGGGUCUAAACAGUCUUGCAUCUCAGUUUCCGCCACCAGUAAUUGGUACACCCACUGAGCCAUAUGGUGCGUACUCGACUCCGGUAAUCCGGAUGCUUCCCCCGAUUCAAGCACACAGCAACGCCCCGCUGUUUCGUGCAGGCUUUGGCUGA